AAAAGAUCAUUCUAUCUGUCUCAGGAGUUAAAGGCUGCGACCAAAGUCAACCAAUCAUUGGUGUGAAGAUGAUGGAAGUAGGAGAGCAGAUGAAGUCCCACAUCGCUAUGAUAGUGUUCCAACUGGGUUAUGCAGGGAAUCAUGUCAUCCUCAGAGCUGCACUCAACUUGGGAAUAAGCAAGCUGGUCUUCCCAAUUUACAGGAAUCUCAUUGCUCUCUUUCUCCUUGUUCCCUUCGCUUAUUUCGUCGAGAAGAAGGACAGACCAGCGCUGACUGCUUCUCUGUUGAUCCAGUUUUUCCUCCUGGGAUCUGUUGGAAUAGCAUCGAACCAGCUGUUUUAUCUACUGGGUCUGGACAAUACUUCACCUACAUUAGCGUCUGCUACAGAGAAUGCCGUCCCUUCUGUGACCUUCAUCCUAGCUACUUUACUCAGGCAAAUUUUUGAAAUUAAGAAAGAACGCUGCAGACUGGAGCGAGUUGAGCUGAACAGGAGAGAUGGGAUAGCUAAAGUUGUUGGCACUUUGAUUUCCUUCAUUGGAGCAUCAGUCAUAACAUUGUACAAAGGCCCAACCAUUUACAACCUCUUGGUCUCCUCCGCUUCUGUUCCCCAGAACUGGACGCUUGGAUGCAUCUACAACCUGGGACACUGCCUGUGCUGGUCCGCUUGGAUUGUGUUGCAAGCAAUGGUCUUGAAGAAGUACCCUGCUCCAUUCUCAGUGUACUCAUUCACCUGCUUCUUUGGCAUUCUUCAGUUCCUGGGUGUUGCUUCCUUUUUCGAGAGAGAUAACCCGCAGGCCUGGCAAGUUCACUCCACCGGCGAACUGCUUAGUGUUUUAUACUCGGGUCUGGUGGUUUCAGGAAUUGGGUUUGGGAUACAGAUAUGGGUGAUUCAGAGAGGCGGGCCGGUGUUUGUUUCAGGGUAUCUCCCUUUACAGACCAUGCUUGUAGCUGUGAUGGCAUCCAUGUUUUUAAGCGAAGAGUUCCACUUAGGAGGGGUGAUUGGAGCAGUCUUGAUUAUAUCCGGACUCUAUAUGGUUCUCUGGGGGAAAAGUGAAGAGACAAAAGUGGCAGCAGCAGCAGCAGCAGCGUCUGUUGAAGAGAACUACAAGCAGCCAUUAAUACUUGCUGGAACCAGUGAUAACUAGUGGAUCAAAGUGUAUAGAAGGAUGAAAAGAUUUUUGAGAGUUGGAUGUAACAUUGUUAUCUUCUUUUUCCCAUGUAGGCCAACCCAAUAGGCAAGCGCAAUGUAAUGUGCAGGAAUGAUUUCUCAUGAAUGUUAAGAAAUUUUGAUUUGAUCAUUCAUAUCAAACGAUUUUGAUUUUGCUUA